AUGCUUGAUUUUACCAAUCGCCGGUUUACUAUUCGCAUUGGUCGUGCGAGCAAACCGCUGAAAACGGGGGAGCACAUCGCAAGGAGGACGAGUACAUUGGGACGAAAGACGAGUGCUCGAAGGGUGUCUUGGGCUGGCGGCGUGAACAGAGGAGCAAGCGUGCGCCGGUCCCAGUCGGCCCUACGUCGUGGUCCUAGUGUGAAACGCACUUCGAGCACGACACGUCGGAACAGCAAACGAAUGAGCACCAUGGCACAGAAUCAACUCUUGGCUCCUCCCUCCUCAUCUCUUGACAUACCCGUAUCCACAAGUGAAACGGAUGAGCCAGAGGCAACUGCGUCUCUCACUUCGCCAGUCACUAGUCCAACAUCUCCCAAGUCGUUCCUUAGCAAACUUACCAGUCGCUUCCGUGGUCGAAGCAAGGUUCCAAAGGUGGAAGAGAACCAUCCGUCGCUGGACUCGGUAACUCAAGGAAUCACAGGCGGCCUUACGGCAGCACUUCCAUCUACCGAUCUUACUCCGGUUUCCCAUAUUCCAGACCCACCGUCCUUGCGAUCUCCCUCCCCGACCUCUCGGGUUACAUUCGUAGAUGCUUGUGAGCCGUCCAAGUCCAAGUCUGAGCCUCAAUCCCCAAGCUCCGUCGGUAAUGAUGACGGUGAAUGGAUCGAUGCAGAGGAUGAUGAAGUAGACUUGGAGCCCCGCAAAUCCUUGGGUCUGAAAUCGGGAGCUUCGAUCGACCUAAUGCAUGAAGGCGUCCCUGCGUAUAAUGUCCCUCGGCAUUCUGGAGAUCUUGGGGUACCGGCAAUUUCUCCUGAAGUUAUUGAUCCACUCGGAACCGAUACGCAGAUCAGCUUGCAAGUUGGGGAUCAAUCGAAUCCUGAUCCUCUGGCCGCGUCGUUGCAUGCAUUGCUCCUCAAUGAUCAGCCUCGCGAUACCUCCAGUUCAGAUGCUCGAGCCAAAAACGGCACGAUACCAAGCGGUGCUAGCACGCCCUCCAAACGAGAAUCGAGGAAACCUCGUCCACCACAAAUUGUCGUUCCCCCUCUUUCGAAAACCAAUCCUUUCCGUUCCUUGAUAUUCGGGGAACAAGGAUUGACGACCAAUGCACUUCCUACUGAAGAGACGGCACCUCCACCAUCGCCUUCCAUUUUGCUGACUCCAGCCCUCGAAUUGAACGGCUUUGAGUUGGGCACCAGCCGUAAGAGUAGCGAAAUUUUGACUCUGGACUAUGCCCAGGUCCCACUGCCGGCCUCCCCCAGUCCGUCGAGCAUGUUCGCCGCUCGAAACAGCGAAGACACAUUGCCAAUCACAGAUGGCGACAAGAAAAGCAUCGCACGAGUCAACUCCAUGUCUACUCUUGGCGGACGAAGUUUGUCGACAGCUCCAUCUACGCGUGGUCCGACAACCCCAACUUCAAUGCGCUUCCCUGGGCAUCCUGCCUUAGCGCACUUUACUUUUGGAGGGCCUAGUAGUCCUAGUUUGAAUGUUGAAGACUGUGAAGCGGGCGAAGAAGAACAACGUGGGAGGUCUCUGGAGGUUCAAGACAGCAAGCGGCGGAUGCGCAGUGUUUCCCCAAAACUCGAUGCUGUGCAAGAAGGAGAUGAAAGUCGGCGGAGCUCAAAGGCCUCUUUUGAGGCGGGCGAGCUGAAUGUGAACCCAGAAGACAAGCCGAUGGGUGCUUUGCCUUUGAUAGAGGAAAAUGCAACUUUUGGAAAGAGGAGUGAUGGGGAUUCGGAGAGUGAACACGAAGACGAGUGUGGUUUUUACGCAUUUGCAGAACGACAGCUAGAAGAGGAUAAGAGAGCGACCGACGCAAAACCUAAGCGCAGCAAGACCAUGUCGUUCUUGAAUGUUGGGUUUGGCAAACGCAAGAGUGCAAUUGGGGAGCCUCAAUCGCCACCUUCGACCUCAGUAUCUCGAAGCGCGACGUCUUCUCGUCUGCUGGCUUUGCCUGCAGCGGGGCCCAAGCGCUCGUCCACGCUCAUGGCACCACCGCCCGGAGGUAACAGGAUCUCUCGGCUGGUGCCGACACAACGGUCUUCAACCCUUCUCGCCGAACCUCUAAGCCCACGUGAGGCGGUCUCUCCUAUCAUGUACACUGCGGGGGAUAUCCAAUCCGAGGCGGGAAAAAUUGAGGAUGAGGAGAGUCGGCGGCUUUGCGAGGCAGCGUUCAUGUUCUAA